GGCACGGCGGGGCAGCGGCAGCGGCGGCAUGGCGGGCGGCGCGGCGGCGGGCGAGGCGCAGUGCCUCAGCUACGCGGGGUGCAACUUCCUGCGGCAGCGGCUGGUGCUGUCCACGCUCAGCGGGCGGCCGCUGAAGAUCCGCAAGAUCCGCGCCAAGGAGGAGGACCCCGGCCUCCGCGAUUUUGAAGCAAGUUUUAUUCGCCUGAUUGACAAAGUGACCAACGGCUCUCGGAUUGAAAUAAACCAAACAGGUACUACCUUGUAUUAUCAGCCUGGACUUCUGCAUGGAGGCUCGUUGGAACAUGACUGCAGCCCCAGUCGUAGUAUUGGCUACUAUUUGGAAAGUCUGCUCUGCUUGGCACCUUUCAUGAAACAUCCGUUGAAGAUUGUCCUGAGGGGAGUAACAAAUGAUCAAGUAGAUCCUUCGGUUGAUGUUCUUAAGGCAACAGCUCUACCCCUACUGAAGAAGUUUGGAAUUGAUGGUGAAAGUCUGGAAAUCAAGAUCAACCGUAGAGGAAUGCCUCCCAAAGGGGGUGGAGAGAUACUGUUUGCUUGCCCAGUGAGAAAGGUCUUGCAGCCUAUUCAGCUCACAGACCCUGGCAAAAUCAAGCGCAUCAGAGGAACUGCAUACUCUGUCAGAGUGUCACCACAGAUGGCAAACAGAAUGGUGGAAUCUGCAAGGAGCAUCCUGAAUAAAUUCCUCCCAGACAUUUAUAUCUACACGGAUCAUAUGAAGGGGCUCAGCUCUGGAAAAUCACCAGGUUUUGGCAUGUGCCUUACUGCAGAAACCAUCAAUGGCACUAUUCUCAGUGCUGAGCUAGCCUCAAACCCUCAGGGCCAGGGAGCAGCUGUGCUUCCCGAGGAACUUGGCCAGAAUUGUGCUAAGCUGUUGCUUGAGGAGGUCUACAGGGGAGGCUGUGUAGAUUCAACAAAUCAGAGCCUUGCUCUGCUCCUCAUGACCCUUGGACAACGGGAUGUUUCCAAAGUCCUGUUAGGACCUCUGUCUCCAUACACAACAGCCAGCCUCUGGAGAAACAGGAAGAAUUCCAGAGGAGGUUUUAGGACAGGUUCUGGAGUAGUAGAGAUUAUGCUGAAGGUGAAAUUGCUUCAGUUCAAGCCAAUGCACUUUACUGAAGGCAUAUGACUAGAAGCCAGUGCAAUAACUGCCUGGGGAAGCACACAGUAGGUAAGUUAGCUAGGCCAAAACAGUAAGUACAUGGCUGUCUUGGGUAAUGUUUUCAAAAUGGUGAUUGUGUUAGUGCCAGAGUGUAGGUACUGUCUCUCUUCUCCUUCCCCACAGGCGACGUUAUGAGUCAAAUGGAUUUUGUUUCAAGCCGCUGAGGCAUAACUCUGCUGCUUGCAAGCUCCAACAUUCACUUCCCCGUUUUUCAGUCAUGGUCUUGAGACACCAACAGGAGGAAAAAAAGACAAAGAAGAAAAGUACCAGCUUUCAGGAGGCAUAAUUUUGCCAAUGAGUUUCUUUCUCAUUUUCUGAUAUUGUAUGGUCAUCUCCACACUUCUAUUGUGUAUGUCUGAUGAAAGCAUUUUUAUUUAGUCUAGAUCCUCGGGCAUACCAAGUGAGACAUGCACCUGUGUCAGGGCAACUCUAAAUAAAAAAAAAUUGGAAGGGGCAUCUUCUACAGUUACUGCUUAGGUCUUGGUAAGCUCUGUCUUAAAAGAUCAUUCUUGGUGGGAUAUGUGCAGUUUUCCUUGUGUCUGAUACAGGAGCAGCACUGACAAGCUCUGAAGAACACCUAUUACCUGUUGUCAGUGGGAGGGGUAAAAGACAGAAAGUCCUGCAGGGAAGAGAGUGCGGGGGUUGAACUCUGUGGUGACAGCAUUGUUUGUGUAAUGACCGUAAGUCAUGCACUGCAUCAGAGCAUCACUGUGUCCAAAUAGCACUCGUGCUAGAUAAAGUUGUGGCAUUGUUGUAAGACAGAUUUGUUAGGAUGAUUUGUAGUAUACCUGUAGCAAUAGACGUUAGGGGUGAGUGCUAAUCUCUCUCCUGGAACAGUAAGAUUAUUAUAUAUACACAUCAAGAAGAGUGCCCAGACUUACAUUCCCUGUGUACUACAGGGUAUAGAAACAACGGUGCUUGUGGAGGUAGCAAUAAGGAGACCCACAGAGAAAAUGUUUUAUUAUAGACUGGUAUCAAUCAAGGAUAUAACCACAAGAAAACGAUGUCCAAAAGCAACUCUUUACAUCAGGAUGAACGGUGGCCAGGAGCCCACAGAAGUGAGGUGGCCAGGAGCCUGCCACUGCUGGCAACCCCUCUGCACACCUGUGCAGAUGUUGAGGGGGGGCCCUUUGUGCACACCAGGGGUAGACUGGUGUCUUUGUACAUUUGCCUUCAUGCUGUAUGUCUGCCAGAUGGUCCACGCUCACCCCACUCUUCUCUGUAUCGGUUUGGCCACACUUCCCUGGCAGCAUCCCCUGUACUGUUCACAAAACAAACAUCAGUACUCCUUUAACAGGGAGCCCAUGGUGAAAAUCUGUAGGGUCCUUGUGGAGACUGAUUCCUGUGAGGUACCUGGUGCUUAAUGAUGGAUGAGCUAGUAGGAUUAACGGUUUGAUUCCAGUGAUGAUCACUACAUGUCUGUGACACAUCCCAUUAUACAAAAUGUCACGGGGUCAGUAGGGCACCCUUGUUUGCAGGCUGCAUCGAAAGUCACACUAUUUGAGAACAAAUGUCUUACUCCUCCUUACUUUGCUUCUAACCGGCAACCACUCUGCUCCCUGAAAGUUACUUACACCUUUUCCAAUUCUCAGCUGUCUCCACGGAUAAGGAAAAAAGUUGCCUUAGCCAGUCAUGAAUGUAGAUAUAAUCUGUAAGGUAGGACUGUGGUUCUGAAUGGGCAUUCCUCAGCACCAUCAGGGAAGACAGUUCUCUUCCAUGUGUCUGGAAAUGUAGUUUUGAUGAGUUAUAAACUACUACACAUCUGCAAGCUGGAUCUAGAUCAAAAUAUGCAUAAGUUUUGAUUAUUUUCUUUUUUUUUUAACAUCACCAAAGUGAAAAAAAAAGGGGGGGGGGGGGGGAGGUGACGCUUACAGUUUGUGUGUCAGCAUUCAGAAGGUGCCCAAUUCAGUAAGGCUUCCUAAGAGAUUUGUUUAAGUAUGUGUAUAUAGAAACACAUCUACAGAUUCAGAAUGUGUCUGCAGAAAAGGUUUUCUACCACAUAAUGUUUCUGAGCACUGAAUGUAAAAAUUGACUUCAUAAUUCACCCCACAAGUGUAUUAGCCACUAUUUUCACCUUGUUCUUUGUGACUUAAAUAACGUAAUGUACUUCUGAAGAAAAGAUCCACAAUAAAUCAGGCCAAAAUGAGACAGCCUAGAAAAUGUUAUACCCAUUUCUUUUGGAAAUGUGUUUGUCGGGUUGUUAAUAAAAAUACUGUUUCCUCA